UAUAUGCUAGUUUAACCAGUCUCUACCUUGCAAUUAUUUGUGUGCAAUCCAUGCGAUUGUUGGAGUCGAAAGAAGCUUGCUAGUUUUACCUAUGUUUUCCAUCUAUGCUUCCUUCCGAGGCAACUUGAACCAGCACAAUUCUGAAUUCUAACGUUACUGUAUUGUAAAUCUCCCUAGCUAGCUAUCUGGUUAUGUGCUCCUGAUUACCAAUGAUCUAACCGCAACAGCCACGUGUGGAAAAAUUAAACCCGAUACUGCCAAUAUAAACGUCGUCUAUGUGUACAUAUGCCGAUAGUUUUUGAUGAUCUCCUCGCCCGGAGGCCAUCAGUGAUUCCACCACAGAACUGACGUUAAUUAGCCAAUAUGAUACUUAAACGUGACACGACACAUUUUAGCAGUUUCGGAACAACUCGAUUGCUAGCUCGUAUACGUGUACCCAUCUACCAACUAUAUGGCCAAAAUGGCAGGUUCAUAAUAUAGAAAAUCAAACGACGUGCCCUGACUUUGGCAGGACGACACUAGUUAUUGCAUCCUAUGGAUCACUGAACGAGGAAACUAUGGUUCCACCGCGGCUCACCGGCGCACUCCGCUCCUUCUCAAAUGUCAGCAAGCAGGACGAUACAGAGGACAUAUACGACUUGAAGUCCAAACGGCUGAAGAGGCAGGAGCUGCUUUCUAAGGGGGGCUUGACAUGGAAGAAGAUCGCACAGUUCUUCAGCCAGCACUUAGAGAAAGGAGAGCAGCACACCGCCACAGAGGAACUGAGAAAGAUCCUCCAGGCAGCCAAGCAGAUUGUCGGCACGGACUUCGGACAGGAAGCGGUGGAGAGCGCCGCCGUCUUCCUGUUCCGGACAUUCUACGGCACGGACCAGGUGGGACAUGAGGAGACGCGCGCCAUCAGGCACAUGUUCGGCCCCUUCCCAUCCUCCGCCGCGGACUCCUCCUGUGCUGCCGUCGGCCGCCUCGUCUCCCCCCUGGACGAGACCCAGGUGGAGGCCUUUGUUAAGGCCGAGACCACGGCCCACGUCUCCGACCGCGCCUCCUUCGGCCGAAACAUCGCCUUCUCCUACGACGGCUACGCGCUGGAUUACCUGGAGAACCUGCCCUGGGACGAGGACGAUGGCAACCAAGGCCACGGAUUCAGCCUGGACUUCGACAGGUUCCUCAACAACCAGCAAGAUGGGCGGAGGAAGGGCCCUCAGGACGGGGCCCCCGCCAGGUCGGGGAACGACGAUGGGGCCCUGCUCAGACAGGAGGUUGAGCAGUACCUCUCCAGCGGGAACAUGGAAUCCUCCAACACCGAGGAGCUCUGCACCUCCCUGUUCGAGAUGCUGGCGUCCCAGAAGACGGACGAUGAACUGCAAAAUGAGCUGUUUGAGCUCCUGGGUCCUGAGGGCUUCGAGAUGAUCGGGAGGCUGCUCCAGCGCAGGGGAGACAUUGUGGACUCACUCCUCUCCGCCCUGCCCGAACAGAGGCUCAGCUACCUUCCCGAAUCGGCGCGGAAAACGGGCGGGGACGGAAGCAAGCCGGCGUACGGCUGCCAGGUGACGAUCCACUCGGAGCAGGAGAAGCAGCUGCUGAAGCUCCAGCGGCGGGAGGAGAAGCGGGAGAGGAAGAGGGACAGGCGAGUGGACGACCCCGACCUCCCCAUGGACAGCGGCUUCAACUUUGACCCCAAGGAGCUGCGCCUGCACAGGGAGCAGGCUCUCCUCACCGCCCGCCGUUCGCCGGUGUUGGGCCGACAGAGGGAGUACGAGCGCAUCAGGUACCCGCACGUGUACGACGCCUACGCCGAAGCCAGCAAGACCUCGGCCUUCGUGGGCGGUGCCAAGAUGCUGCUUCCGGAGGGAAUCAAGCGAGAGAACAACAAGAUGUUCGAGGAGGUGGUGAUUCCGCCCAACGAGCCCAUGCCCAUCGGCUUUGAGGAGAAGCCUAUCUAUAUCUCUGAGCUGGACGAGGUUGGGCAGCUGGUGUUCCAGGGGAUGGAGCGUCUGAACAGGAUCCAGUCCAUCGUGUUCGAGACGGCCUACAACACCAACGAGAACAUGCUGAUAUGCGCCCCUACGGGGGCGGGCAAGACCAACAUCGCCAUGCUCACCGUCCUGCAUGAGAUCCGCCAGCAUGUGCAGCCAGGGGGCGUCAUCCGCAAGGACCAGUUCAAGGUAAUCUAUGUGGCCCCCAUGAAGGCCCUGGCUGCAGAGAUGACCAAUUACUUCAGUAAGAGGCUGGAGCCUCUGGGCAUUAGUGUGAAAGAGCUCACCGGAGACAUGCAGCUGACCAAGGGAGAGAUCCUCCGCACACAGAUGCUGGUGACCACACCGGAGAAGUGGGAUGUGGUGACGAGGAAGAGCGUGGGGGACGUGGCUCUGACCCAGAUCGUGCGGCUGCUGAUCCUGGACGAGGUGCACCUGCUCCAUGAGGACCGAGGGCCCGUGCUGGAGAGCCUGGUUGCCCGCACGCUACGCCAGGUGGAGUCCACCCAGAGCAUGAUCCGGAUCCUGGGCCUGUCCGCCACCCUGCCCAACUACCUGGACGUGGCCUCCUUCCUGCACGUCAACCCCUACAUCGGACUCUUCUACUUCGACAGCCGCUUCCGCCCGGUGCCGCUGGGACAGAGCUUCGUGGGCAUCAAGGCCAACAACAAGGUGCAGCAGCUUCACGACAUGGAGGAGGUCUGCUACGACAAGGUCCUUGAGCAGAUCCGAGCUGGACACCAGGUGAUGGUGUUCGUGCACGCCCGGAACUCCACAGUGCGGACCGCCAUGAGUCUCAUCGAGAUGUCCAAGAACCGAGGCGAGUCCAUGUUCUUCCAACCGGACCAGGGACCCGACUACGGCCAGUGUCAGAAACUGGUGCAGCGUUCGCGGAACAAGCAGAUGCAGGAGAUGUUUCCGGACGGGUUCGGGAUCCACCACGCGGGCAUGCUGCGGUCGGACAGGAGCCUGAUGGAGUCCAUGUUCUCUAAGGGCUAUCUGAAAGUGCUGGUGUGCACCGCCACAUUGGCCUGGGGGGUCAACCUGCCCGCCCACGCCGUCAUCAUCAAGGGCACUCAGAUCUACGACGCUAAGCGGGGCACGCUGGUGGACCUGGGCAUCCUGGACGUGAUGCAGAUCUUCGGGCGCGCUGGGAGGCCUCAGUUCGACAAGUACGGCGAAGGCACCAUCAUCACCUCCCACGACAAGCUGAGCCACUACCUCACCCUGCUCACCCAGCAGAACCCCAUCGAGAGCCAGUUCCUGGCCAGCCUGGCUGACAACCUCAACGCUGAGGUGGCUUUAGGGACCGUGACCAACGUUGAAGAAGCUGUGAAGUGGCUGAGCUACACCUACCUGUACGUGCGAAUGAGGGCUAACCCGCUAGCCUAUGGCAUCAACCACAAGGCCUACCAGAUGGACCCGGGCCUGGAGCUGUACCGGAAGGAGCUGGUGGUGGAGUCAGGCCGCAAGCUGGACAAGGCCCGGAUGAUCCGCUUCGAGGAGCGGACCGGAUACUUCUCCUCCACGGACCUAGGCCGAACUGCCAGUCACUUCUACAUCAGAUACAACACCAUAGAGACUUUCAAUGAGCUGUUCAAUGCCCAGAAGACCGAGGCUGAUAUCCUGAGCAUCGUGUCCAAGGCGGAAGAGUUUGAGCAGGUCAAGGUGCGGGACGAGGAGAUGGAGGAGCUGGAGCAGCUGCUACAUAACUACUGUGAGCUUCCUGUGGCCGGAGGCGCGGAGAACGGCUACGGCAAAAUCAACAUCCUGCUGCAGUCCUACAUCGGCCGAGGAGAGGUGGACAGCUUCUCCCUCAUCUCAGACCUGUCCUACGUCGCCCAGAACACGGCUCGCAUCGUGCGGGCGCUGUUCGAGAUCGCCCUGCGGAAGCGCUGGCCUGCCAUGACCUACCGGCUGCUCAACCUGUGCAAGAUGAUCGACAAGCGGCUGUGGGGCUGGGCCAACCCCCUGCGGCAGUUCACUGUGCUGCCGGGCUCCGUGCUGGCCAAGCUAGAGGAGAAGAGGCUCACCAUCGACAAGCUCAAGGACAUGAGGAAGGACGAGAUCGGUCACAUGCUGCACCACGUGAACAUCGGCCUGAAGGUGAAGCAGUGCGUCCACCAGAUCCCCGCCAUGCUGAUGGAGGCCAGCAUCCAGCCAAUCACACGCACCGUCCUGCGCGUGCGGCUCACCAUCACGCCCGACUUCAGGUGGAACGACCAGGUUCAUGGGUCAGUUGGAGAGCCCUGGUGGCUUUGGGUGGAAGACCCAGUCAACGACCACAUCUAUCACUCUGAGUACUUCCUGCUGCAGAAGAAACAGGUGGUGGCGGAUGAGCAGCAGCAGCUGGUCUUCACCAUCCCCAUCUUUGAGCCCAUGCCAUCUCAGUACUACAUCCGCGCAGUGUCUGACCGCUGGCUGGGCUCUGAGGCCGUCUGUAUCAUCAACUUUCAGCACCUCAUACUGCCAGAGAGACACCCGCCACACACAGAGCUGCUGGACCUGCAGCCGCUGCCCAUCACAGCCCUGGGCAGGCGGGAGUACGAGAGCCUGUACAAGUUCACACACUUCAACCCCAUCCAGACGCAGAUCUUCCACACGCUCUACCACAGCGACACCAACGUCCUGCUGGGGGCGCCCACGGGCUCGGGCAAGACCAUCGCCGCCGAACUCGCCAUGUUCCGCGUCUUCAACCAGUACCCUGGCUCCAAGGUGGUCUACAUCGCCCCUCUGAAAGCGCUGGUUCGAGAGAGAAUAGAGGACUGGAAAAUCAGGAUAGAGGAGAAGUUGGGGAAGAAGGUGGUGGAGCUGACGGGUGACAGCACUCCGGACAUGCGGGCCAUCGCCCAGGCCGACCUCAUCGUCACCACGCCCGAGAAGUGGGACGGAGUCAGUCGCAGCUGGCAGAACCGCAGCUACGUGCAGAAAGUGGCCAUCCUCAUCAUCGAUGAGAUUCACCUGCUGGGUGAAGACAGAGGUCCGGUUCUGGAGGUGAUCGUCUCCAGGACAAACUUCAUCUCGUCCCACACCAGUAAGAGUCUGCGUGUGGUGGGCCUGUCUACCGCCCUGGCCAACGCCCGUGACCUGGCAGACUGGUUGGGCAUUGGACAGGUGGGCCUGUUUAACUUCCGCCCGUCGGUCCGGCCCGUCCCUCUGGAGGUGCACAUCCAGGGUUUCCCAGGACAGCACUACUGCCCCCGCAUGGCCAGCAUGAACAAGCCCGUCUUUCAGGCGAUACGCAGUCACUCUCCAGCCAAGCCCGUUCUGAUCUUUGUGUCGUCGCGGCGACAGACCCGUCUGACAGCACUAGACCUGAUCGCCUUCCUGGCCACUGAAGACGACCCCAAGCAGUGGCUGCACCAGGACGAGAGGGAGAUGACAGACAUCAUCGCCACAGUGCGGGAGUCCAACCUGAAGCUGACGCUAGCAUUCGGGAUAGGCAUGCAUCACGCAGGCCUGCACGAGAGGGACAGGAAGACUGUGGAGGAGCUGUUUGUCAACUGCAAGAUCCAGGUGCUGAUAGCGACCAGUACGCUAGCCUGGGGCGUUAACUUCCCCGCCCACCUGGUGGUCGUGAAGGGUACAGAGUACUACGACGGGAAGACCCGGCGCUACGUUGACUAUCCCAUCACUGACGUUCUUCAGAUGAUGGGUCGGGCGGGCAGGCCGCAGUUCGAUGACCAGGGCAAAGCUGUCAUCCUUGUACAUGACAUCAAGAAAGAUUUCUACAAGAAGUUUCUGUAUGAACCUUUCCCUGUGGAGUCCAGUCUCUUGGGCGUGCUGGCGGACCAUUUGAACGCAGAGAUUGCCGCGGGAACCAUCGCUUCAAAGCAGGACGCCAUGGACUACAUCACCUGGACGUACUUCUUCCGCCGGCUGGUCAUGAACCCCAGCUAUUACAGCUUGGAGGACACCAGCCAUGCAUCCAUCAACAAGUUCCUCUCUAACCUGGUGGAGAAAAGUCUGAGGGACCUGGAGUGUUCAUACUGUAUGGAGAUUGGAGAGGACAACCAGAGCAUCGAGCCCCUGACGCACGGACGAAUCGCCUCAUACUAUUACCUCAGGCACCAGACGGUGCGCAUGUUCAGGGAGAGGCUGAAGGCAGAGUGCUCGCUCCAGGACCUGCUGCUCAUCCUCACGGACGCAGAAGAGUAUGCUGAGCUGCCAGUCAGACACAACGAGGACCAGCUGAACAGCGAGCUGGCUCGCCGGCUCCCCCUGGAGGUGAACCCGCACACGUACGACAGCGCUCACACCAAGACCCACCUGCUGCUGCAGGCCCACUUCAGCCGGGCCCCACUGCCCUGCAGCGACUACGGCACUGACACCAAGACCGUGCUGGACAACGCCAUCCGCAUCUGCCAGGCCAUGCUGGAUGUCUCAGCCAGUGAGGGCUGGCUGGUCACUGUGCUCAGUGUGUGUAACCUGGUGCAGAUGAUUGUACAGGGCAGGUGGCUCCACGACUCCUCUCUACUCACCUUGCCCAACAUUGAACAGCAGGACCUCUACCUGUUCAGGAAGUGGAACCCCGGGCAGGCGAGGGGCGGGGCCAGAGGAUACCAGGGCCCAAUGGAGGGGCUGCCUGAGCUGGUGGCGGCCUGUAACGGCCGGGAGAGCACCUUCGACAGCAUCGUGGGGAGCGGACUGCAGCACAGCCAGGUUUCCCAGGCCUGGGCGUUCCUCAGCCACCUGCCGGUGCUGGAGGUGGAGAUGCGUGUGAAGGGCUGGUGGGAGGGGAGCCAGGAGCAGAGCGAGCGGCAGCUUCCCACCGCCGUGUCCAACAUCCGCGACCAGAGGAGCUGGCUGGACCUCCACGCCGACCAGGAGUACGUCCUGCAGGUCCACCUGCGCCGCGUCAACGCCGGCGGCCAGAAGAGGAGACAGGACAGCAAAGCGAUGGCCCCACGCUUCCCCAAGCUGAAGGACGAGGGCUGGUUCCUGGUGCUGGGAGAGGUGGAGAAGAGGGAGAUGCUAGCCGUCAAGAGGUUGGGGUACGUGCGGAACCACAGCACCACCUCCAUCGCCUUCUUCACCCCGGAGAAAACUGGCAGGUGUAUCUACACACUGUACCUGAUGAGUGACAGCUACCUGGGCCUGGACCAGCAGUACGACAUUCACCUGAACGUCACGCCACCCAGCGUCUCGGCCCAGGUGAACAGCGAGGUGUCGGAGAGUGUCAAAGGGAGCUGUUAGCUGGUGGUCGCGCUCAAUUGGGUCCAACCAAGAUGUGAUGAUGGGGAUGAUGUCACGUUGAUGAUGUCAUAAUGGGAGAUCAGGCCUGCAUUGCAAUGACUUGAUGUUUUGCCUUAGUACAGCUCCUGCCUGACCUCAUGACCUUUAAGACACACACAAAGGUUUGGUGUGUGGAGGGUAGGGUUUGGAGCUUUCAACCACUUAGACAGGCAGUGGAGGUUUGUAGCACCCCAACCGUACGUUAUUCACCUUCCAAAAAAAGUACACGACUUUUACUCUCAAUGCCAGCUGAAGACACAGUUCCAGAAGCACUCCUCCAGCGCAAUGGGGUCUUGCAUGCCCACAAUAGCGGCCAAAACUUAACAAAAGUUUGACUUUACUUGAAUCGAUCUCGUUCAGUCUUGACUGUGGAAUGUAGGAAUUUCAGUUGUGCAAUGCUGAUUGACUGAUAUGAAGAUUCACUGUGAGGUUUGCAUUGUUUUUGCUGGUCCUUAUAUUAAACCAGCAUGUUUUUUGUUUUUUUGAACAGUUCCAUAGUUCCAUCUGUACACACUUUUAGCUUUGCAUGCCUAAUUCCAUUCAAUCAUUAAAUAUUCGCAUAAAAACAUUUCAUCCUGAAAAUUUAAGUGCUGUGCAACUUUUCUUAUUUAUGUAUUUUUUUCUGGUUUUCUCUCUGAAUAUAGGUGCAUUUGAAGUAUAAAGUGUCUUUUUGACAGGCCAUAAAAAACGAACUAUAAAACAGUGCUUGAUUUGUUUCUGAUAAAUCUAAUCUGUCAUUCGGAGAGGAGCAUGAUUGUAAAAUAUUUUGGUUGGAUUUGAAAUAUCUUUAAGCUGUGGUUUAAAGAUCGUAAUUCUGGUGCACAUAGGAUUGGAGUCACAGCCCCCGAGUCUGCGGGUUGUGGGGGAAAUUUAUAGAGUUGCCUCACUGAACAUGAGAAACCUGGAUGCAGUUAUUUAACACAGGGUUAAGGAAUGUGCUGCAGGUGUGGGUCAUGCGUUCCCUCCAUGUGCCAAACUAUCACAUCUGCUCUGAAAAUUAUUCACUGGUUCUGCAGAGUCCAUAUUGUUAUUGACCCAUAGUGCCUCAGAGUGGUGGCUUCCUUUAGAAUAAUUCUUAAAAUGGCUCUCGGUGUUGUUGCACAAACAGCCGUAAUUAUGCGACACCCAAAUGCAGAAAAUGUUAGAUUACAUUGUGUGCCAUCUGGUUCAAAAUAAUAUUUUGCCCCCCCUCAACACCCACCCACCCACCCCAUAUAUACUGCAUAUCUUUGAAUGAAAAUCUCAAAAUGUAAAAUGGAAAGUUAAGAGCAUGUUUGUUUUGUACUG